CCUGUGUGUGUGUGUAUGUGUGUAUGGUGUGUGUGUGUGAGGUGGGGGUGUCCGCCUGAUGUCAUUUGGCAGAAGGGGAGGCUGAGCUAGCGGUGGGCUUACGGCUGAAAAAGCACAACAAUAACGAUCCCGUUUUGCCGUCCAGACUGGGACAUUUAAACACUCGGCAGCGAUUUAAUUUCGGCUUCUCGCGGUCCUGGACGAGACGAUAAGAGGAGAGAAGCUGGCGGGCUAAUGGACUGAAAGAACCAGAUGCUUUUCCAGCGGAGAAGAAGGAGAACKGAGUCGCAUAAGCAAGGACGGGGUGAUGGGUUCUCGUUUUCCUGACGGGUAAAACGCAACGCUGAAACCACGGAUAUUUGGAAGAAAAGCGGUACUUGCCUGGCAUCUUCUGGACCUCCGUCGGCGUGACAUCGUGUCUGAAAUGCUAGCCCGGUGGCGGUGCCGUCCGUCGAGCAGCCUUUGGGCCGCAGCUCGGCACGCCGAGCCCGUAGCUGUCUGCUAGCUGCAGCUGUACCCGAUGCUGCUGCGGAUCCGACAGACAAAACAACGAGCACAGUUCAGGGCCCGACUGAGCGCCAGCUAAAUGAGGUGUUGUUUUUGCAUUUCUGGACCACAUCGGGCUUUUGCGAUGUGAUGCUUUUGUGCGUCACUUUUGAGCUUUUUGUAGCUGGAGGGGCUAACGUUGCUGCAAAAUGCACAGCGGAGCCACAACAGCAGGCUCCUGUUGUUGAAGGGGGCCAGGCUAGACAGACAACAGCCCACCCAGGCCGCUCAGCACCUGGGGUCACAGUUCGGACCACUUCCCGGCCUCUUUCACCGCUUCACUGGCUGACGAUAUGGAUAAACUAACCAUCAUUUCAGGGUGCCUGUUUCUGGCUGCAGAUAUCUUCGCAAUAGCCAGCAUUGCCAACCCGGACUGGAUCAACACAGGUGAAGCAACAGGCGCCCUUACAGUUGGUCUCGUUCGACAAUGUCAGACCAUCCAUGGACGAGAUCGAACCUGUAUCCCACCACGGCUGCCCCCUGAGUGGGUCACCACGCUUUUCUUCAUCAUCAUGGGCAUCAUUUCCCUCACGGUCACCUGCGGACUUCUCGUGGCGUCACAUUGGCGCCGAGAGGCCACCAAAUAUGCCCGCUGGAUCGCCUUCACUGGCAUGAUCCUGUUCUGCAUGGCAGCACUCAUCUUCCCAAUAGGCUUCUAUAUCAACGAGGUGGGAGGUCAGCCGUACAAGCUGCCCAACAACACGGUGGUCGGCUCGUCAUACGUGCUCUUCGUCCUCUCCAUCUUCUUCACCAUAGUGGGACUGCUGUUUGCAGGGAAAGUCUGCCUCCCAGGCUGAGGACUGCACCACGCCGGCCUCUGGACUCAAACAGGAGGCUCUGAAAAGUUUGAUGGGAUUUACAAAAACAAAAACUCUACUGAAAAUCAAAGACAACAAACUUUGUCGCAAAGCCUGAAAACAGGGAAGACCCCAUCCCCACAACCCCAUGCUUUAUGCGUCAAAGGGACCGCAGGCACCAUGGAGAACCUAACUACUAAAAGACGAAAAUAAAACAAAUUUAAAAAAAACGAAUAAAGCGAUAAAAUGGGACAUGGGCACAGUAGAAUGUGACGGAGGGCAGCCGAGGCCUUCGCAGCAGCCCGCCGCUGCUGAUUUCAGUUGCGACCGUCUCCUCUGUUGUUGUUCWGCUGGAAGGGGGCGGUGCUUAAUGUGCCGCUGUCAUGGCAACCGCUGCCACAAUGCUGGCACACAUUUCUCGAGGAUCGCUGCAGCCGCUCCUCCACUUCAUUUCCAGUCGCCCUCCGCGCUCAUUUGCUUCGUCACGACUGCUCCUCCUGCUAUUUAUGGCUUCWCUUUGCUAUUUUCAGUUUUCAAUUUUUGUACAAUUUCUUCUUGUUUUCCCUCCUCUCCUUCCGUGCGCAGCGCCUCUCCACUGAAGCAGCGUUAGCGUCGUUGAGCUUCACCAAGCAGAACCCCUUGAACGGGGGCUUGGCUCGAGAGCAGGUUGUAUUUUCGUCUGCCGUAUCUCACGGCCCCAGGUGUGCAGAUGAGGAGAGCAGCUGCACAUCUGGCUGGGUUUUAUUUUUUUGGCGCACAGCUGUGGWUGAGAGGUAGAGGCAGGUGUGCUUCCUCUUUAUCUUCUCCGGUUUGAACGUAGGAGCAGGUAGAAGRGCGGCGGUGACCUCGCUCACAAAACGUGGAGGUCAGACACCAUAAAGGAGAAUGCCACUCAGUCUAUUACCAUACAUAACAUUUAAUUAUACAGACAGCAACAAAGUAUUUGUGAAGGCAGCUCAGCUUUAUUCAGGCCAGCUGUGGUGCAGUGGUAAGGCAGCUGACUUGGGACCAGAAGGUCACAGGUUCGGUUCCCUCCGUGCUCCCCGAGUGCUUCAGCAUAUAGCUGCUCACUGCUUCACUUGAGUGUAUCAGGUGUGAUGGAUGCACAAAGGUCAUCGUUGUAUGGAAACAUGCUUUGAUGACACAACAUACUAGCACAUUACUAAAGCUAAUAAUGCUGAUGCUCGCCUCCUUUGACUGUGAACUCAGAGAAUAUUCACCUGGACAUAAACUCGUCUCUUAAGCCAUGUGGCCAUUUGAAAGUAUUUUCUAAAAUUCAACAUCAUAAGUUUUGACAGUAUUUAAUUUUCUCUACAGACAGUAAAAUUACAUACAGUAUGGUGUGAAAAUAACACGUGAACACUGAUAAGUCGUGGUAUUCUCCCUUUUUAAAGUUUGAUCGKGGAAAAAGUGAGUCAGGAACAGUUUUUUUGUUMUUGUUUUAUACAGUGAAGGCACUGGGACUGCAGGUCAGGUCCYUGCAUGGCACUGUACCUCGGGAUGCUGCUCGAGAGGUCUGUGAAUGUGACACACACACACACUCUCAACACAAUUUGUGAAUUGACAUAUAGAAGCUGCAGAUAUUAAACACGUUCAUUGUUGAUUACAGAUCUAAAGCUUCCAAUAGGUGCUUCUGUCAUAGUAUUAAUUAGUGCAUUUGUCAUGAAUUUAGAUUUAUCUGCUAGUAGAGCUUCAAAAGGUCCAGACAAACUGACUUUUCUUGUCAUGAUUCAUACUUUUUUUGGUGACUGAAGGUUGUAAAAAGAAAGUGUCUCACCUUGAAAUAAUCAAAGCCAUUUUCACACAGGCAGGCCUGAAACGUCCCUAGACAUUUUCUGAAGAGGGUUUUAUUUGAGAGCUCUAGUCYGCAGUAGCUAAAAUAAGAGUUGUUUUUCAGAUUUUACCCAACUUUCAGCAUCCAAAUGUGAGAAGUAACAAAAAAACAAGUAACAAAAAAAGGUACAAUGAGCAAUUGUCUGCUUUAAAAAAAGAAAAAACUAGUGUGCACAACUCCAGUACAAAAAAGGAGAGAGUAAAUGAGUGCACAAAGAACAAACUCAAGUUUGAGGCAAAAACACAACUUUUACUGAGUACCUUAUAUACAAUCAUCCUCUGCCUUGUGUGCACUUCUCAUACUUGAAGUAUUUUUAGUUGUAGUUUAAGUCUCUUUUGGAAAUAAUGUUCUGGACUUGAGUCGUUUUAUAUCUGCUUCACUCACUUGUGUGAAACGACAUGAGCUGUAAGCCAGGAUUUGAAUAUUUUUAAUCUAAACCAGGUAACAUUUGAUCAAAUUUGCACCGUCACCAUCAGUAUGAGCAGUGCAGAAAAUGGCAGUUUGACUUGGAUUUUGCUUCUUUUCGUGACACCUUUAAAACAUUAGAUCUCUGAGGAGGAGGGGUGGGGGCGGGGGGAUCACCAGACUUCCUGUUUCCUGUUAAAUCUCGGUGACAUUUUCUCAAUCCGGACCACGGCUGACUUGAUCAUCUCUGACACUGAAGCAAUGCAUGUUUUCACUUUCACUGACUCUCACAGAACAAUACAUCACUAUUAGCUCCCACUUUUUUUAACACUUUACUUUCCCACUGUUUCCAUAUGAAUAAGCUGGACAGUUUACAAACUUCUGCUUUAUCCAGAUCAAAAUUUAAGGCAGACAAAUGUCUUCCAUCUAUGAAAUUUGAAAAAACAAAACAAAACAAAACAUGAAUAUUAAAAGCCUCUCAGCAGGUUAAACAGAGCCAACCUUUAAUUAAUCAGUUCUUACAAAUCAUUUCACGAUGCUAAUGAUCAUUUACUGUAAUUAACAAGCAGUAGACUGAUACUUUUUUCUCGUCUAGUCAACGUAUCACUGCUCCUGUUUUACAUAUUUAUAUACAUCCUGUUUAUGCUCAACCAAAUAUGGGAUCAUAUAAGCUACUGACUCUCAGAUCUCUCAUGCAAAGGAUGUGUUUUGGUGUGUGUGUGUCGAAACAUUCACAGUUGCUCCGUUCGCCAAGUCUUAGAUUCUUGUUUUCUAUUUCUGUUUCCUGCUCGGCUUUUCUUAACUCUUAGUCUAACGAUGUAUACAGCUGAACUUUACAUUCUGCCUCGGUUGGUUUAGUAUUGUGCCAUGGCCUGUUUUUUGUUUAAAAUUGUACAGAUGACACAAAAAGGCAGGAUUUCUGUAUUAGGAAGCACUGUGCAUUCAACAGUAUAGGUAACAGACAUAGAAACACCACYGUUGUAUAAAAAAGGAGAACUUCUUACCUCAUUGUUUUUUUUUUCCUGCUAUUAUUUUCUAAUGGUGGCAACGUGUGUGCCCUCUGAUUUGURUCCUGCCUUGAUCGGAUGUCUACACAUUAAAGCCUAUGAUCAUAGGAAAUUAUUUAUCACUGAAUAAAACAACAAAAAAAUGGAUGUGUGACUCUGA